GAUACGUAAAGCAAGAUGGAGGUGAACUUUUGGCCGAGGGAAGAAAACAUUGCAUUAAUCAGUGAUUAUUGAGCACGAGGCCUCAAUAUUAGGGCUUUCGAUUGCUCAUGGUGCCCUCGCCAAAAUACUGUAAUACAUUUCAGCAAACAUGGAGUUGACUAAAGAUAUCUCCAGUGAACCUUUACCGUCCCACAAUAAAACUACCAUUCUUGAGGAGAUAGCACUAGAGGCAAAGUAUGCCUCUCCAAAUGUAGAGCUGAAUGAAUCUGAACUGUUUGAUGCUGUUGAAUCCAUACUUCUGGGGAAAAUUAAGAAUGGAGAAAAGCAGGCAUACUUCCAGCUUGGACAGUUUUACUAUGAACAGGAGUUAUUCAAGAAAGCCUUGAUCUAUUUUGAAAGGUCAAGAAACUUUGAUUUCCAGUCUAUGUAUCAGGUUGCUGUUAUGCUGUUUGAUGGAACUGGAUGUGAUUCUAAGCCUGCUGCAGCUGUAGAUCUGAUGAUGAAAGUUGCCACCUCUGAUUCUAAGCAAUGUCGGCAUCUGGUACAUGUAGCUCAGUAUAAUCUGGGCAGAGCUUAUUACCAGGGUGUAGGAGUCCAGAGACAGUCCAAUACUGAAGCAGAACGUUGGUGGCUGUUGGCAGCUGAUGAUGGAAACCCAAGAGCCAGUAUUAAAGCACAGACAGCACUCGGAUUGUUUUAUUCCACAGAAGACAAUUUUGACUUGAAAAAAGCUUUUUUCUGGCAUUCUGAGGCAACAGGCAAUGGAUCAUUAGAGUCACAAGGAGCUCUAGGAGUGAUGUACGAGUAUGGGGUGGGUGUCAAGGCUGAUACUGACGCUGCCUAUAUCUGCCUGACAGAAGCCGCAGACAGGGGUAAUGUGUAUGCCAUGGGUAACCUUAUUGCUCAUUACUACAAACGGAAACUUUUCACGAAAGCUGCAGAUUUAGCCUCAAGAGUUGCUGAGCUGACAGACAUUACCACAUUGGCCUCAGAAACUGACUGUAUACCAAACUACAUAUCUAAGGGGAUAUCCCUUGCCAGCUUCUAUUAUGCCAGGUGUUUAGCUGUGGGCCAUGGCGUUACAAGGGAUCAAGAUAAGGCCAAACUUUUUUAUUCUAAGUCUUACCAGUUUGAUGCCGAUGUGUGUGCACAUCUUCAGAACAUAACACAGCAUGGUAUCAUUUAGUGGGAAGGGACACUUAUUUAGAGUACAGAUCAUUUAUCCUGGGUAUCUCCACAUUGAAGCGACUUGACUUAUGCCAUGUACCAGCUUAUUUGCUCAGUAUGGAGUAGACUGAAAAGGCAAUUUGAGCUUCUGGUAUGCAUUUGUCUGGACAGGGAUGACUAUCUUGAAGGCAGCGCAAAGAUGAACACAUAAUGACUUAUUAAAGGUUCUAGAACAUACAAUUCACAUUGAUGUUUAGAUGUCGAAACUUGAGACGUGAAAUAAUUAUGUGUUCAGUCAUUUAUACUGCCUAAGAUUACAGGUUGAUUUCAUUGAGUAACAAGUAAAAUGAACUAUUUUGUUAUUUUUUAUCCAUCAAAAGUAUGAAAUGAAACCAUUUAUUUUUUGCUAGCUACUAAUGCAUGUUGUCUCAUCCUACAUGUAAGAAUUGAUUGUAUUUUUUUUUUUUCUUAUGUAGCCUAUUUUUAUAACAAUGACUUUGUUGGCCAAAAAACUGUGAUAUUUGCUAUUGUUCUUUUGUUGAAGGACGAUAUGUAGUCAUGUUUUAGUAUUCUUAUUACGGAUUUCCCAUUUUUUCUUGCAUAAGUGUUUUAAAUUUUGGCAAGACGUACAUUGUUAGAGUGCCUUGAGUGAUAACCUUGUAUGAAGAAAGAUAUACCUUUCUUAUAUAAGUAAUUUUUGUACGCCAUGUACCAGUAUUAUAAAUAUAUUUGUAAUUCAUCCAAUGUUAUUAUAAAGAGAUUCCCAUUCCAAUACAGGUAAAGUUACUUGUU